UAGAAAGCUGCCUUCCACACGUUUCUCCUGUGUUUCACCUCCCCCGCGACGAAAAUAAAUAAUAAUAAUAAAAUCCUAGAGCCCACGUUAUGUGAUUCUUUCUUUGGUCCAAUCUCUCUUCAACAAUUGAAACAGAAAUGAACUCUGAAAACAUGGGAAGCGAGAACCCAAAAAUCUAUCACGAGAAGCAAAAGUUGCAGUUCUGCCUUCUACACUCCCUCAAUAAUCUCUUUCAGCAAGAAAAUGCAUUUACGCGAGCAAGUUUGAAUGAAAUUGCUGAGAAACUCGUUCUUGAUGACCCUGACAAGCAAACAUGGACGCCAUUAUCAGUUUUUUUUAAGCCUCACCAUAAUGCAUUAACCGGAAAUUAUGAUAUAAAUGUUCUUAUUGCGGCCCUGGAAGGGAGAGGGAAGAGUGUAGUAUGGCAUGAUCGUCGAAAUGAGGCAUCAUCCAUUGAUCUUGAUGACUCUGGAAAUAAUUUGAUGGGUAUUGUGAUUAAUAUUCCUGUUACACGUUAUGGUGGGCUUUGGAAGAGUAGGCAUUGGGUUACACUGAGAAAGAUUGAUGGGGUUUGGUAUAACUUAGAUAGUGAUUUUAAAGCUCCUUAUUGUUUUAAAGAUAGUGAAGAAGUUAGGGAAUUCUUGGGUUACAUUAUUGGUGUUGGUGGAGAAGUUUUGCUUGUCAAAAAUGAUGAAGAAAAAAUGUCGACUAGAGGGAGUAACAAAGUUAGUAGCAGACCAGCUGUUAACAAGGAUAUUAUAACCCAGAAACAAAAAUCUACCAGUAGAGUUGUUGAGAACAAGAGGCAGUCUACCGGCUGUUGUGCAACAAGAGGGAGUAACCGAGAAAGCUGUUAUUGCAUACCAGGUAUUAGCAUGGAAACUUUAAUUUGGAAACGAAACUAUGUUAGUAAAGUUGCUGGCUGUUGUGCAACAAGAGGGAGUAACCGAGAAAGCUGUUAUUGCAUACCAGGUAUUAGCAAGGAAACUUUAAUUUGCAAACGAAACUAUGUUAGUAAAGUUGCUGGGAACAAGAGGUGUGCUUCUGGGAGCUGUGGAAUCAAGCUACCGAAAAGAUCAGACCUUUCCCCGGUUCGAUUUCUCGAGCAUCUUAGCAGUAAGAUAGCCAAAGGUCUAUGCUUUUCAUCUUUGAGGAAGAAACAUUCACCUACUGCAGUUUCUUCAUCAGGAAGAUCAAAGCAGUCUGUGAUUCCUGUUGAUUCUCAUAGAACUGAAGCCAUUGAGGAUUGCAUCGAGUUCAUCAACUCCUCUUCUUCUUUGCCACGAUCAAUCUCUGUUUCUGCAAACACUUCUUAAAUUUUUAUUGUAGCAUCGCAAUAUUUACCUGAAAAAUCUUCUUCUGAGGCGCAACUUAACCUUGCUGUAUAUUUUUGCUUUAGUGAUCACUAUUUCUUAGAAUUGUUUGUUUCUUCCUUAAACUUAUCAGAAUGUGAAAGCUAUAAACCAGAAUAAAAAUGGAACAACAUCGUUUCUUCGC